CAAAGCCACAAAGCCACAGCUUAUUAACUUGAACCGUUCCAAGUUCAAAGUUGACUUGAUCAGGUACCUAGCCUCACCUUAGGCUUAUGUGCGUAGCACAGUACUAGCACUAGAGUCCCCUAACUCCAAGUUUGGAGCCAGGACCAAAAAAACCAGAAGCGUUAAGUACCCAAGGUCAAUAUUUUAUUACUAAGUUACUUAAUUCGGCUCCCCACCUCCAAAAUCAUCGCGCUUCAAAACGCGUCGGCAAUUCAUUUACGUGACAUCUUCAAGGUUCGACGACUUCUUUGUACCUCACCUUGUCGCAACUCUCCAAAAAUUUAUUUUCCAUUUUACUGAAUUUGCGCGACGAAUAUUUUGACACUGACUUCGAGCUGCCCGACCGGCAGCACCCACUGUGACCAUGUAUAUUAAACAAAUUAUUAUCCAAGGCUUUAAGAGCUACAAAGACCAAACGGUCAUGGAGCCCUUUUCGCCUGGUACGAAUGUUAUUGUUGGUCGUAACGGUUCUGGAAAGAGCAAUUUCUUUGCCGCCAUACGAUUUGUCUUAAGCGAUGCCUACACCCUGAUGAAUCGCGAGGAACGUCAAGCACUACUACACGAAGGCUCAGGCUCAGCAGUAAUGUCCGCUUACGUUGAAGUCAUAUUCGAUAAUAGCGACGACCGAUUUCCCACCGGAAACAAGGAGGUUGUUUUACGGCGCACCAUCGGUCUAAAGAAGGAUGAGUACUCGGUCGAUCGAAAAGUCUCUACCAAAGCAGAUGUCUCAAAUCUUCUCGAGGCUGCCGGUUUCUCAAGGUCGAAUCCCUACUAUAUCGUCCCUCAAGGGCGAGUCACCGCUCUCACCAACAUGAAAGAGUCGGAACGGCUAAACUUGCUGAAGGAGGUCGCAGGGACUCAAGUCUACGAGUCCCGUCGCACAGAAUCCCUCAAGAUAAUGACAGAAACCAACAACAAAAGAGACAAAAUUGACGAACUUCUCGAUUACAUCAAAGAACGCUUGAGUGAGCUCGAGGAGGAAAAGGAGGAGCUACGCGGCUAUCAAGACAAAGAUCGUGAACGUAGGUGCCUAGAAUAUGCGUAUUACCACAAGGAUCAAGUCGCUACGCAGGAGGCUCUAGAGGAACUAGAAGAGUCGCGACAGGGUGGCAUCGAGGACACGGACGAAAACCGCGAGGCUUACAACGCGGCAGUAAAAGUCAUCGCUGCCCUAGAUGCCGAGAUACACAAACUUCAACAACAAAUGGAACUCCUUCGUAUAGACCGUCGACAACUUGACGAAGACCGUCGAGAAAGUGCCAAGGCCAUGGCAAAUGCCGAACUAGCAGUCAAGAACCUAUCGGAUAGCAAAUCUUCUCAAGAGCAGGCCCAACAGCAACAUGACGCCGAGCUUGACGAAGUGAAAACCGCAAUAGCGCAGAGGGAGGCUGAGCUGAAAAAGUUAAUUCCCAAUGUUGAAAAGGCGAGGCUGAAAGAGGCAGAGAUCAAACAAGCUCUCGACUCAGCAGAAGCUGGACGACAGCGUCUCUUCACGAAGCAAGCACGGGGAAGCCAAUUCAAGAGCAAGGGGGAACGAGACGCAUGGCUCCGAAAAGAGAUAGACGACCUGAAUGUGACCUUAAGCCAACAAAGAGCAAACCGGGUUGACGCUGACGAAGAAGUAAAAGCCGUUCAAGCUAGCAUCCAACAACUUGAGGACGAGAUUUCAGCUCUACGACAGAAAAAUGAAGGGUUUGGUGGGGAUCGACUUGCCCUCGCUGAAGAGGUUACCAACGCGAAGGACGGAGUUGAUAAGCUCAACGAGGAGCGAAAACUACUUCGUCGAGAGGAUGACAAGCUAGAAACCAUCAUCGCAAACGCCAGGGGCGAAUUAGAGGGUGCCGAACGAGAACUAUCUCACACCAUGGACCGGGUUACUUCUCGAGGUUUGGCUACCAUCCAGCGACUAAAACGCGAAAAUAACAUCCCUGGUGCAUACGGUACACUAGCAGAGCUCCUGGAGGUCAGUGAAGCAUACCGUCUACCCGUUGAGCAAGUAGCUGGUGCCAGUCUGUUCCAUUACGUGGUCGACAACGACGAUACCGCAACGUAUCUAGCCAACGCUCUUCAGAGAUCGUACGGAGGCAGGAUCACUUUCAUGCCCCUAUCUAGAUUGAAGCCACGGAGUGCAAACCUUCCCAGGGCCAACGAUGCAGUCCCGUUGGUUAGCAAAAUCCAAUACAACGCCGAGUACGACAAAGCAUUCCAGCAAGUUUUCGGCAACACAAUCAUCUGCCCCAAUCUCACAAUCGCUAGCCAGUACGCGCGCAGUCAUGGUGUGAACGGUGUUACUCCAGAUGGAGACACUUCCAACAAGCGUGGUGCAAUGACGGGUGGCUAUAUCGACACACGAAAAUCACGUCUUGAAGCUGUUCGUGCUGUAAACAGGUGGAGAGAGGAAUACGAACAGUUGAGAUCCAGGGCAGUCGGUAUACAGACUCAAAUAGAACAGAAGGAUCAAGAGAUUACGAACGCACUAGGAGAAGAGCGCAAAUUAGCGCAACGACUUAAGCAGAUGGAGGAUGGCUAUGGUCCGCUUCGAGCAGAGUUAAAUGCCAAGAACAACCAGGUGGAUCGUGAAAGAGAUCGACUUGAUGCCGCGAUGAAGCGACGAGACAUCGUCGAACGAAACAUGAAGCAAUUUCAAGACAAUCUAAGCGCCCACCAGGCUGAGCUGGCUUCAGACUUUAAGAAAGUUCUGUCAGCUGCCGAGGAGAAACAACUCGAGUCCCUGGGUGCCACUGUGCAGGAGCUUCAGAAAGAGUGGAACGAAGUGAGCAGCAAGCGAAGAGAGCUUGAAAGUCGAAAGCGGAAACUAGAAUUAGAUCUACGAACGAACCUCCAGCUCAAGCUCGACCAACUCACUAGCCAAGCAUCUGAGACUGCUUCGAGUGGCAGCAGUACCUUGAAAGAAGCCAAGCGAGAGCUGAAGAAAACCCAAGCAAUGGUCGCUUCAGUUCACAGCAAGAUUCAGGCUAAUGAUCAACAGAUCGAGGCUGCCGAGUCUAAGAUUGCAAGUCUGGAAAAAGAGAAGGCAGAGAAAGAGGCACAGCAGCAAGACAUUGCAAGACAAAUCAAGAAGCAGGAGAAGCGAAUGGACAAGAACAGGCAGAUGAAGGCUCUGUUAACCACAAGAGCAACGGAGUUGGCCAAAAACAUCCGCGACCUUGGUGUCCUGCCGGAAGAAGCGUUCGAAAAAUAUGAGAGAUAUGAUCAUAAAGUUGUCGUCUCGCGUCUAAAGAAAGUCAACGAUGCUUUGAAGAAGUACAAGCAUGUGAACAAGAAGGCCUUCGAACAGUACAACAGCUUCACCAACCAGCAAGACCAACUUCUUAAACGCCGUAAGGAACUUGACCAGUCGCAAGCAUCUAUUGAGGAACUAGUAGCCCAUCUGGACCAACGCAAAGACGAGGCUAUCGAACGCACAUUCAAGCAAGUGUCCAAAGAGUUUGCCACCAUUUUCCAACGUCUAGUACCUGCUGGCCAUGGCCGUUUGGUCAUCCAACGUAGAGCCGAUCGACGAGUGGACCCGGAUGAUUCGGAUGAAGAACAGCGCAGCAGCGUGGAGAACUAUACAGGUGUUGGUAUUAGCGUAUCUUUCAACUCAAAGACCGCAGAUGAGCAACAACGUAUCCAGCAACUGUCUGGUGGUCAGAAGAGUUUGUGUGCAUUGUGUCUGAUCUUUGCGCUUCAACAAACGGAAUCCAGCCCCAUGGUUAUCUUCGACGAGGUCGAUGCCAAUCUUGACGCACAGUACCGAACGGCCGUGGCUGGGCUCCUCCAGUCCAUCUCAUCCGAGGCCGGCACCCAGUUCAUCUGCACCACGUUCCGACCGGAGAUCGUGCACGUUGCCGACAGGUGCUACGGAGUGCUAUUCCGCAACAAGAACAGUACCAUCAACUGCGUGAGCACAGAGCAGGCGCUAGAUUUCGUCGAGGGCCAAGCCCCGAAAUAAGAUUGGAUCUGGAGAAGGAGGAAGAGGGAGGGGCUUCUUGACGUGUGUGUGGAACGUGUAUAUGGUACUUUUGGCGACGGAGUUCAAUAAUUAUUAAGUGUCAUGUUUAUACCAUAAGGGGGGGCCUUAGGAGAAACAGAGAGAAAAGAGAGGGACUGUUAUCGCCAUGUCCUUCUUGUCUGCUAUGCUAUAUGGAUGAUCUUGCUUACCUGCCUAAUGCUAGGAAAGAAUGCUAAUGAGUAUAUCACUUGGAAACCUUGCG